GCUAGCUAUACAACAAAAGUAGGGAGAGAAGAGAGAGAGAGAGAGAGAGAGAGAGAGAAACCCUACAAAAUAAAAAGGAAGAAGAGACGAAGAUGAAGGAAGAUCCAGCUUGGAUUUAGUUGUUCAUUAUUACUACUCUCUUCUUGGUAGCUUCGACAACAAAACAAGAUAAAAAAAGGUCAACUUAAAGAUCUGAGCUCUUAGAUCCAUCAGUCUCUUCUUUCUUUUGAUCCAAUUCCUACCAUCGAAUCAUAGAUCAUGGACGGAACACAAAGCUCACUCCCUCCUCCUUUCCACUCAAGAGACUUUCAGUUGCAUCUCCAACAACAACAGCAGCAACAAGAGUUCUUCCUCCACCAUCACCAGCAACAAAGAAACCAAACCGAUCAAGAUGAUCAACCAGGAGGAGGAUUAAACAGACAAAUCAAGAUGGAUCGUGAAGAGACAAGCGAUAACAUAGACAACAUGGCUAACAACAGUGGCAGCGAAGGUAAAGACACAAACCUAGGAGAAGGAGGAAGCGGUGGAGGGGGCGGCUCAGGAGGAGACCAGAUGACAAGAAGACCAAGAGGAAGACCAGCUGGAUCCAAGAACAAACCAAAACCACCGAUUAUCAUCACGAGGGACAGCGCAAACGCGCUUCGAACCCACGUGAUGGAGAUUGGUGACGGCUGCGAUCUAGUCGACAGCGUGGCCACUUUCGCACGCAGGCGCCAGCGCGGCGUUUGCGUUAUGAGCGGUACUGGAAACGUCACGAACGUCACCAUACGUCAGCCUGGAUCCCCAUCUCCUGGCUCGGUCGUUAGCCUCCACGGAAGGUUCGAGAUUCUCUCUCUCUCAGGCUCUUUUUUACCCCCUCCGGCUCCUCCUAACGCCACCGGGUUAAGCGUUUACCUCGCUGGAGGACAAGGACAGGUCGUUGGAGGAAGCGUGGUGGGUCCUUUGCUAUGUGCUGGACCUGUUGUGGUUAUGGCAGCUUCUUUUAGCAAUGCGGCGUACGAGAGGCUUCCGUUAGAGGAAGAUGAGAUGCAAACCCCGGUUCACGGAGGUGGAGGAGGAGGAGGAGGAUCGAUGGAGUCUCCCCCGAUGAUGGGAGGACAACUGCCACAUCAGCAACAAGCUAUGUCGGCUCAUCAAGGCUUACCACCUAACCUUCUUGGUGGUUCAGCUCAUCAAGGGUUACCUCAGCAUGAUAAUCAGCCUUAUUGGUCAACGGGACGACCAUCGUUUUGAUCAUAUACACAUCUCUCACCAUCGAAGCUAGCUAGCUAGCUAACCGCAGAAUCAAGAGUUUAUGAACGAAUAAGACUAUGAACUUAGUCGAGGACGAUCGAGUUUCACUAUAUUUUCGACAUGUAUCAGACGGAUCAGGUUUUUUUUUUUUUUUUAAUUUCUCUUUUUGGUUCGUUUUAGUUAGUAGAUUUUCUAUGUUGAUUUGAAUAACAUUUUUCUUUGUUUCUUGCUUUUUAUUUGAUGAAUUUCCAUUGGUAGUUUAAAUU